AUGGUCGCUGCAGCCAAGCCAAUCUUCGCCCUGGCCGCUCUCCUCCUCGUCGCCGGAGGCAUUGUCAUGCAGAUCUUCACCAUCCUCUCCGGCGGCAUCAACUCGGCCCCCAUCAACAAGUUCUACUUCCUCGAGGCCGCCACAAGCGGCAUCCCCAACGCCCGCAACCCCUCGCGAUGGACCUUCUUCGCCAUCUGCGGCCGUGAUCCCGCCUCGGGACUCAACGCAAAUUGCGGCGCCGUCGUGCCUGCCCUCCCUUUUGACCCUCCGCGCAACUUUGGCACCACCGAGAACGUACCCCAGCAGUUUAUCGGCACCCACCUGUACUUCUACCUCUCGCGCUUCAUGUUCGCCUUCUACCUGAUUGCCCUCUUCUUCGCCGCAGGCGCCCUGCUCACCGGUCUGCUGGCGCUGUGCAGCCGUCUGGGCGGCUACCUCUCCGCCCUCACUGUCGCCGUGGCUCUCUUCUUCCAGACCCUGGCUGCUUCUCUGCUCACCGCCUGGAUCAUCAAGGGCCGCGACGCCUUCCGCUCCGCCGGCCUCGAGGCCUCGGUGGGCCGCUACCUGCUUGCCUUUGCGUGGGCCUCGAUGGUCUGCUUCCUCAUCGCCACCGUGCUGUUCUGCCUCGGCGGUGCGCUUGGCGGCGACCGCUCCUCGGGCGUCAGCCGUCGCCGCUCCACCAAGAGCACCCGAAGCCGCGCUAGCUUCAUGGACACGGACAGCCAGAGGCGCGUCAAGGACGAAUACUCUGCUUGA